UGUGUUUGUGUGUGUGUGUGUUGUCUACACUGUGCUUUGUGAAGAUGAUGAUGAAGAUGUGCACUGGUGUGUGUGUGACUGGCGGUCUGCUGUUCUUCAUGUGUGUGUGUCUGAAUCAGCAGAUGCUGGAGGCCUGCAGCUGCGCUUCUGCACAUCCACAACAGCUCUUCUGCACCGCGGACGCAGUGCUGCGGGCAGAGAUAACCGGAGAGAAGAUCAAGCGCAGAGAAGACAUUAACCCGAUGUACGGCCUGGGGAAAGUACAGUAUGAGGUGCAGGUGAUAAAGGUGUUCAAGGGCUCGGACAGAAUAAAAGACCUCCAGCAUGUCUACACGCAUGAGAUGUCUUCAAUGUGCGGGAUCAGACUGAACCGUGGACAGUAUCUGCUCUCAGGAAGUGUGAUGUCUGAGGGAUUCUUCAUCACACUGUGUGACUUUGUUGAGCACUGGGACAGACUCUCCUUAACGCAGAAGAAAAACCUCAAAUACAGAUAUCAGAUGGGAUGUAACUGCACGAUAUCCACCUGCACUGAACAGCCCUGUCACCCCAACAUAAAAAACGAGUGUAUCCUGACAGACUGGUCUUCCUUGUGGCCAUUUGAGGAUGGAGAGCCAGUACAUGAACAUGCCUGCAUCCGACACAGCGAUGGCUCCUGCAGCUGGUAUGAAGGAGGAACAUCCAAACCUUCUGACCAAAACACCACAGACAUGUCUGAAGGCUGAG